AUGACUUUUCUCGACCUGGACAGUUCUUACAAAGAGGGCCAAUGGCAACGGUCUCCAAUCAAGCAAGAUGUGAAUUCCGACUGCCAGCAGAAUCGGAAAACCUCCACCUUUUACAGCACCGUUUGGGCAAUUCUCCUCAACAAAUUCACCACAUCUGAAGGUGUGAGCUUUGUUUACCAGGAAAACAAACCUCCCGGAGAAUUCACAACCAUACGCGAUGUGUCAAUGGAGCCUCAAACCUCCAUCACCGAUCUACUGGAUCAUCCAGCAGCCUUGACGGAGAUUGGUCAAGGCCAUCUCCCUUGUAAUACUGGGGUUGUAGUUGACAUGCAAGAUGUUGAUAUCCAACCUAUGCCUCCAUUACAGGUUCUUUUAUUUGCAAACACCACUUCUUCGGAGUUAUGGCUGCUGUAUUCGCCAGAUGUCGCCUCGUCGCACGUCGAAAACCUCGUUUCGUUGGCCGAACAGAUCAUCCAGGAGAUUCUCAAAUGCCCAAACCAAUCAAUCAAAGACCUGGAUCUGUUCAGUGAGCGCAAUGCUAGUCAGAUUGCGGAAUGGAACAAUCGAAUCGUCCUCCGUGACACGAUCCCACUGGUUGAUCUAGUCCGACAAUAUGCAUUGCAGCAACCAACCCAUGAAGCGGUUUGUGGAUGGAACGGGUCACUCACGUACGCACAACUGGAUAAAAUGACCACUCAGGUGGCACUUCGUCUACGGGAGAUGGGCAUUGUGCAGAACGAUAAAAUAUUGUUCGCCGUGGAGAAGUCGAUGUAUGCAGUUGUCGCUAUCUUAUCGAUCCUCAAAGCAGGCGCGACCUUUGUUCCUGUCAGUGCUGCAUACCCCGUAGAGCGCAUGCAGGCAAUCAUCGAUGUGACUCGUCCUCCUCUUGCUAUCUGUCUGCCGGAAGAUACCAAGGUGUUUGAGGAUCUCCAGGUCCGAGCCUUAGGGCUAGAUUCUUCUUUUACCAACAACCUAUCAACUGAUGAAGGUGACAAUCCUCUUCCUGCAUCAGACCUAGAUCGCACGGCAUAUAUCCUCUUCACCUCCGGAAGCACAGGACGACCCAAAGGUUGCGUCCACACAAACAGAACUCUGGGUGCUAUGAUCAACCAGGCUCCAUCGUUCCGCAUUGACCGCUCCAGCCGAGUACUUCAAGUUGCUCCGAUCGUCUUUGCUGCGGCUAUUGCUGAUACGAUUAUACCUCUGCUCGUCGGAGCAACCGUCUGCUUAGCCUCCAAAUAUGACAUGAUGAACGACAUGGCAGCUUCAGUCAAAAAGUUUCGGGCGACCUGGACCAUCAUGACCCCGUCCGCGAUUAGCACCUUGGAUCCUACGGAUUUGUCAGGUCUGCAAAAUAUGGUUGUGACCGGCGAGCCUUUGAGCGGUGCUCUUCUGAAAAAGCAUGCAUUCUCAAAAUAUCGGUCACUCUGCUACACCAAACAUAUGGCUCGCAGACCCAAUGAACAUCAAUCGACUUUCCCCAGUGGGUGCAAUGGAGAAAUGCUGAUCGACGGGCCAAAUAUUUCCCUUGGAUAUCUUGAUGAUCCGCAGAAAACGGCUAUCAGUUUCAUUGACGCCCCCGAAUGGCUUCCUAAAAUGUGCCCUAAAUCCGGUCGGCGGGUUUUAAGAACGGGUGAUCUAGCUCGAUAUCAUGCCGAUGGCUCCAUCAUAUAUGUUGGCCGCAAAGAUAUGCAAGUUAAGAUCCGUGGGAAAAGAAUCGAGCUGGGGGAGAUUGAAGGCCUAAUUCGUCUCCAUCUGUCGCUCGGUGAUACGGUGAUCGUGGAUGCAGCAGCCCCCCUAGACGGGGACGGUGCACCUUUGUUGAUCGCUUUCAUCUCUCUCUCUGGGAACCAAAUGCCCGAUUCCCCUUCUCCUCUGGGACAACCAAGUUCUAAUUUCCAAGAAGAGGCCUCGCGUCUUGACCUUCUGGUCCGCGCAGCAUUGCCUGAUUUCAUGGUACCCAAUAUGUACAUCCCACUCACUCGCAUCCCCAAGACUGCGUCUGGAAAAACCAACCGUCAAACUCUGAAGUUGGAGGUUGCUGGCAUGACAAGACAACAGGUUGAAGCCUACCAUGACGUCGCUGUUAAGCCACAACUCCGUCCUCAGACUGAGGUGGAGAUUUCUCUGCACAAACUGUUUUCCGAGGUAUUGAAGCGUGGCGAAGACUCAUUUGGAAUCCACGACAACUUUCUCCGAUUGGGUGGAGACUCAAUCAAAGCUAUGAUUCUCGUUCAGCUUUGCCGAAAGAGUGGGCUAUCUGUCGAUGUUGCUAAGAUUCUGGAAUCUGGCAGUGUUGCCCAGCUCGCGCAGAUGGCCGAUUGCUUGCCAGAGCCUUUAGCCGCGCAAGAUGAACGACACGUCGAAGUCCCCACCGCUGCUGUGACUGAUCAAUUGAUCGAUCUUGGUGUCACUAUUGAGGAAGUGGAAGCGAUGAACCCAUGCUCUCCGAUGCAGGAUGGUAUCUUGAUGAGCCAGCUAAAAAACCCACAGCACUAUGCGUUGCGAGUGCUGUAUGAGGCCCAGCCCUCCGGAAUGUCGUCGAACGUUGACAUUGGCCGACUUCAAACGGCAUGGCGGUUACUGGUUGAUGCACACCCUAUUUUACGAACAAUCUUCAUGACAAAUGUGACAUCCAGUGUAUUUGCGGUUCAGGUUCAGUUGAAAAAAAGUUACGUGCCACAGGUCGAAGAGAUGAAUGAGGACUCCAGCCCGACCGACAUCUUUGAGCAGCGCAAGGAAUGCCAGCCACCAAGCAUGUUGCCUCGACUUGACCUGCACGUCACCCCAUCUGGGCGCAUCAUGAUGGAAUUUGAGCUGUCCCAUGCAGUUGUUGAUGGCAUGUCCAUGUCACUUAUAGUCAGAGACCUUUGCAAUCUUUACAGUGACGCGAACCCGUCUCUUUCUGUUUUCAACUUUGUCGACCACGCGAAGUCCCAGCAGGGAACAUCUACAGAGAUCUCUUUAUCAUACUGGAAGCAUUACCUUGAUGGUGUUGAGCCAAGUCAGUUCCCAACAGCCGGUACUAGCUCGUCAAACGAGUCGGACGAUGUCGACCAGACACCCCGGUUCGUGGCAGUCUCUGCGGACGUUGGCUCGGCUGCAGACUAUCGAAAGCUUGCCCAGGAAACCGGCGCAACCGUAGCGAGCUUCGUCAAGCUUUCGUGGUCUCUUAUGCUGCACAUCAUGUGCCGCACGGAUGAUGUGUGUUUCGGAUAUCUGACCACGAGCCGUGACGCACCUGUUGAUGGCAUUUUAGAUGGUGUUGGGCCUCUGAUCGACUUGUUGGUGUUUCGCCAGCGACUUGAUCCGAAAUCCACGGUGGCACAGGUCUUGAAAUCAAUCCAAGCGGAUUUCGUCUCUACUCUGCCCCACAAGGGAGUCUCUCUGAGCGACAUUCGCCAGGCUUUGAACUUUGGCACUGACGAUGUCAUGUUUAACACUUGUGUCAGUCAUUUCCCUGCUACCACAUCCAAUGAAGCCGAAGACCUUCCGAUACAUCUUCAUGAGGUAGGACGUCAAGACCCCACUGACUUUGAUCUUUUCCUCGAGAUCAUGGAGUCAGAAAAUGAGAUCAAAUCAACCAUCAAGGCAUACACUAGCAUUAUCCCACUGCAAACAAUGGAGCGAGUGGCGACAAUCUUCGGUCACUUUAUGAGGACUAUUCUCACAGGCUCGGGUCGCGCAUUGGGAGAACUGGCAUUGGUUCCCGAGAAGGAUCUAGCCACCAUUGCGCAGUUGAACAGAAGCAUCGCGAACCCCGCUAUUGAGAGUUGCGUUCAUGAUAUCAUUCUACAACAGUGUCAGAGCCAGCCUACAGCACCAGCUGUCUGUGCUUGGGAUGGAGAAUGGACUUACGGUGAAUUGGAUCUUGUUUCAUCGUCCCUAGCACACCAGCUACAGUCAAAUGGUGUUGUGCCUGACUCUUUUGUCCCAGUUUUGAUGGACAAGAGUCGCUGGGUGCCAAUCGCUCUACUUGCCAUUCUCAAGGCCGGGGGUGCUUUUGUUCUCCUCGACCCCACGCAGCCAAUCCAGCGACUUCAAGAUAUCUGUGCUGACUUGAAGGCUAACACAAUUGUGCUGUCGCCAAAUUACCAUGAUACUGUCGCUCCUCUUGUCAGUAAUCUUGUUGUCGCUGGUAACGAGCAUCCGCCACCGGUUGGAGAUUCGGAGGUCGGCAACCCCCAAGGUGGAAAUUCACCCAAGCAAUGCGGCAUAUGCGGUCUUUAA